GGCGGCGCGGCGGGAGCGGGCGGGCUGCGAGCACACAUCCCGCACGUAGCCCGCGUAUUAAUCAGCGCGGGGCCAUCUGCCGCCCGCUCCUUAAAGCGCUGGGGGCUGCGGGCGUAGCGAGGGUGCGGUUCGGCGUUGUGCGGUAGCAGAGGUAUCAGCGCGGGGCUCCGGCAGCAGCGUCGUCCCCGAGGCGCGGAGCUGAGCGACUGCCCGACCGGGCGACGGCAAAGUUUGGUCCCGUCCCGGAGUCCCGUCCCGGCCUGGAGCCGGCGGGCAUCACCUCCCAAGGCGGGUGCCUGAAGGGCAGCGGCGCGCCCGUCCUCGCCGCGCCAUGCCGCUGGGGCAUAUCAUGCGGCUGGACUUGGAGAGGCUCGCCCUGGAGUACGUCGUGCCAUGUCUGCACGACAUCGGCUUCUGUUACCUGGACAACUUCCUGGGGGAGGUGGUGGGCGACUGCGUGCUGGAGCGGGUGAAGCGCAUGCACCGUGACGGUGAGCUGGCCGACGGGCAGCUGGCUGGCCCCAGCCGCGGUGUCGCCAAGCGGCAUCUCCGCGGAGAUCAGAUCAAGUGGAUUGGGGGCACGGAGGAGGGCUGCGAGGCCAUCAACUUCCUUCUCACGCUGAUCGACCGCUUGGUGAUGUACUGCGGCAGCCGGCUCGGCAAGUACUACGUAAAGGAGCGCUCCAAGGCUAUGGUUGCUUGCUAUCCUGGAAAUGGAACUGGGUAUGUGCGUCAUGUGGACAACCCGAAUGGUGAUGGGCGCUGCAUCACCUGUAUUUAUUACCUGAAUAAAAACUGGGAUUCCAAGCUGCAUGGUGGAAUUCUUCGAAUAUUCCCAGAAGGGAAGUCCUAUGUAGCAGACGUUGAGCCGAUUUUUGACAGGUUGCUUUUUUUCUGGUCGGAUCGAAGGAACCCACAUGAAGUCCAGCCUUCUUAUGCAACCAGAUAUGCCAUGACUGUGUGGUAUUUUGAUGCUGAAGAAAGAGCAGAAGCAAAAAAAAAGUUCAGGAACUUAACCGAUGCAAGGAAGAGAGAAGCAGCUCUUAAUGAAGACUAAUCAACUAUUUCUGAACUAUUUGAAGAAAUAGGAUCCCAAAGAUGACUUCUGUUUCCGGUGAACCAUGGCACAUUUUUGUUAUGCACAAGAACGCACUGGUUGUGUCUCUGUCAAGCAUGUGCAUUUUGUAUUGAUGGUACUUAAGGCAGCCUCCUGUCAUGCCUGCAUCUGGCAGAAGGAACCUUUGUUUUCUAUUUGCCUUUUGCUGGAAAAAGUAACCAGGGUUUUAAUUUAAAAAUAAAUAAAUAAAAGGGAAAAAAAAAAAAGCCUAGUGGUAGUGGCUCAACCAACUGGCUUUUAAUCACUUUUGUAACCAAGGCAACAAUCAUUGGAACUAGUGGGAAAAACCUGAGUCUUAUUUGCACUUUACUGGGGGAAAAAAUAUAAAUCUUGCUCAGUGGAAAGGAGCUUUGCAAGUUUAAAAUCUGUGGCAGACUGCUGAUGGGCAAGGAGAGAUAUUGGAAAUGUGAUAUUAAACUGGAUUUUUUUAGGGUCUUUUUAUGGUAUGUCCCACAUGGGCUUGUUCAUGGACUGCUCAUCAGUUUUGCUGUAUGGAACACUGCCUUGGCUCUUCUGUAGCAGGACUUUCCAAACAAACAGACUUCUGCCUUCACCACAUUUCCUGGAGUUCGAUUGCUUUUUCAAAGUCAUGUUAGAGCUGUGCCAUUCCACUGCCCUUUCUGUCCUAAGCUGGAGGGGGAAGUGGUUAUGCAUCAGUCCGCACCUUUGUAAAAGCAUUCCCUUUCUGUUCUGAGCUGGAUUGGUUUUGUUUUCUAUUUUUCUGUUUGGUAAAGCAGCUGUUUCCUCCCAGAAGUUCAGUAAACUUUGAAGGCUGAUGGUGCAGAAUGCACUGACACUAAAGGCCAACAGUAUGUAGAGUUGAAUGUCUUUCUAAUGACUUUUCUCCAUCUAUCAUGUUUUGUAUGACACAGAUACGAAUUUGAAAUGAAAUAUAUGUCUGGCAGUCUGACAAAUGUAUGGUAACGAUUGUUGACAUGAAGUUGAUUUGUGCUGCUUAUCCCUGUUAAGACAUUUGUUUAGCUUUGUUUGCAUGUGUAUAUAAUUUGAAUGAAACAGUGAUUCUGUUUCAAUUCUGUUAUGCCAGGUAACCAUUUCUGUUCAAGCCAUGCGAUAUACAACAGAUUAUUCAAUUGGCAGAGCACAUUGUUUUUUUCUCCAUCAUUUUCUAAAAACUUAAACUCAAUGAGUAACUGCUGAGUUAUGGCCAAUCUGUCUAAGCUACAGGCUACAACCAGCACUUACUGUGCACUUCAGAAUAGCUCUUAAUGAAGCUGAGAGCUUUUUCUGGGCCACCUGUCCAUAAUAGCUGAGAUGGUCUUCCUGAACUGCCAGUCCCCAGACCAGUCCACCAGGCCAUGCUGGGCUGUUGUGCUGGCGGUGGGCCUGGGUCUGCACCUCGGCUAGGGAGUGAACAGGAAGCAUACAGUGGCUGCUAUUAAGCCGCAGUGACAAAAGGGUAAUAGCUACAUAGGACAGAAAAGAAAUAAAUUCCCUAUGCUAAACAAUGAUAAUAGAAAUGGAGUAUUUCUUCAGCAGUUCUGUGUUACAAAAAGCUGGGAGUCCUUCAGCCUGUUCUUGAAUUUUGAAUGUAAAUACAGUAGUGCUAUGAAACCCCUCAUCCUCUCUGUCUUCUCCCAGAGAUCCAGCUUUGGUUGUGUGGACUGGACUUUGUUCAGCCUGACCACUGUGCACCUUAAGGGAGGAAUAUGAGGGAACAUGUGACAAACACUCUAACUCAAAGCUAGGAAAAGACUAAUAAUUUGAUAGGUGUCCUUUAAUGUUAGGAAAUAUAUUAUUUUGCUACACUUGCAUCUAAAAAACACAUCGUAGACUUGAAAGAAUCUUAAUGAUGACUUGCAGUUCUCAUUCUGCAAUGUUUUUGUGUAUGGUGAAAGUUAGGUCUCUUCCCCAAGAGUGAGAGGUAACCCUCUGGAAGAUGAUAGGUGUCAAAUUCUCUGAAAGGGCCAACCAGGGUAUUAUUUAAAAGGGGGAGAAAAAAUCUCAUCCUGAUGUAUUGCUAUGCAAAACUGAUAAUGGAACGUAAGUUUAAAACUUCUAUGUAAUUCUAAGUGAGGCAAAGACAGCUAAAAUGGUGCAGAUCAAGACUUGCUUUGUAUUUGGACACUGUAACCUUAAAACAAUGCACUAGAAAGAUGUUAGUACAAAUGUCACUGGAGCCUAGAACAAUGGAAGAAUGGUAGGGUGGAAGGGGAAAGGACUUGUAUAAAGUUUGAGAAAGAAAGGUAUUUUGGUUACUACGACCUACCAUCUGCCUUCAGAAGUGGGCAGCAACACGUGGUGGAUGGAGGUUGGAACAGUGUAGAUGCAUUUAUUGUAAAUAAAGUACAUAUUUUCAUUUUUAUCCUAUAUCUUCCUGGUCUAGAUAGAAGAGAGAAAACAAUUAUCCUGUGGCAGAGAACAUUGCUGCCUUCUUUGUUAACAUGCGUAAUGAAAUACAAAAAAAAAAAGUUGAUGACACAGGAUAUUGAAACCAAUUCCUGUCCUCCGUUCAGACCUUUGCCCCCUUUCCAAGUCAGUGGAAUGGUCUCCUCAAAGAUGUUGUAGUUUAAUUUGGUGGUGGUGGGGUGAUUGACGGUCAUGUAGGAAUCCAGUCUGAUGUUUUCUGUGUAGAUUUCUCAUAGCUGCAAACUGUUCUGUUGGAAUGUAAUUGUGUGAGAGUUCUGGGGUCAGCAGAGGGCAUUUCAAAGAGAUUCUUUCCUUUCUUUGGGUUUUGUCUUCAUGGCAAAGUGAUUGAAACAAUAAUAGCCAAAGAGCACUUCUCAUCCAGUUGUGAAAAGGCAUUUAACUUUAAGUGCUCAAAAAGCUUUCCACUUUUAGGUAAUGUGCCUUCUUCAUUCAUAUCUGUGGAGAUGCUACAUGCCACAUGCCACAUGUGCAUGUCCUGCAGUUUCUCGUGGCUCUUUAGAAAAUAUAUUUGCCUUUUCAAAUGCAAUUUCAUUCAAACCAGUGCGCAUUCGGAAAUACGCAGAGCCACCAGGCCACAGUUUCUCAUAGGUGGGGUUAGUUGUGCAGGAAGGAAAAAGGCCAGGAGACAGCUGACGACUAGUCCACAGGCUAUUUGUAAUAAACCUGUAACAAAACUUGCAGGCCUUUUGGGCACAGUAGCCUCUAACAAAUCUCAUUUUCUCUGGAUUACUUCUGGUUCUAUGACAUCAACAAAGUAAUGUUUAAAAAUAUCCACUUUUUGGUUUUUUCUUUUCUUCUUUUCUCUUUAAGCAGUUUUAGUCCUUUCCUAUUGAGUUUUUUAAAGUUGUUGGAAUAUAUUUUAUAUAUAUAUAUAUUGUUGUUGCAAAAUAGCUGGCUCUAACACCACUUGCAUCUAGAAGAAAAUGUAUCUAUUUGCAGGCAAAUAACUAGUUCUACUUUGACUGUUAUGUACUCCCAGCAGAUAUCUGAGAGUGAGUUAUGACUACAUCUUCUCUUGUCAGGUUGUAUGCUGGUCAACAAUGCUGGCACUUUGCAUUGGAUUGAUAUGGAAACCUGUAGUAGUAUUUUAUCAUGCAUCACAUUUUGUGUUCCUGUUACUCUUUUUAAAGAAAAAGUGUGGCAGGAGUCAAUAAACACUGGGUCAUGUUAAAUGUGGUCCUGUGCAAA